AUUAACUGAAAUCACAUGAUCAAAACAUGGCGGACCAGAUUGAAAAUAGGAAAGUGAGGAAACUUAUAUCAGUAAUGACGGUUAAAGUGUUAUUUGCCAUUAACAAUACGUUGAAUUAGUGCAGCAGAAAAAACUCCAAGAUGGAUGAACUUGAAGCCAGCCCAGAACCAUACAUGCUUGUGGACCACAUAUCAAUGGAGGAGUUUCAAACUCCACUUACCAGGUCAACGAGACUAAAGUUUAACUGUGUGGCAGUAUCAACUAAGCUUGUGGCCUGUGGAUCCAAUACUGGAGGCAUCUAUGUGUUUUCACGACAAGAAAAGAAACUGCUACAGAUUGCAUUUGCAGAUAAGGAAACAAACAGUGUGGCCAUUGUGAAGAUCAGUCCUCAUGAGAAAUACAUCGCCUUUACCUGUGGUGGCAGUGUGCACGUCCUUGACCUGAAGCUUGAUUCAAGGUCAAAGGCAGAAACCUUGAGGUCAUCCUCUGACCUUGGGGUUGCUGUGGCUACUUAUCUGAGCUGGGAUGAUGGAAGUGGCAAAUUGUACAUCGGAGAUGACCUUGGCAGAGUUCAUCUCAUGAUGGUGUAUGCAAAUAAGGCCAUGAACUUGUUUGCCAUGCCUCUAGAAGUCAUCAUGAAACUGGAUUCCACAGUGAUUCAGAUUGAUGGGGUGGCAGAUAAGAUUGUUGUCUCCACUGUCACACGAUGCUACCUGUGUGACACAAAACUACAUACAUAUACACAGAUUGGCAAGAAAUUAAGGGAUGGCAAUUUUGGGGCCUGUUUUCUCCAAGUUGGAAUGUCUUUGCCCAUGAUCUACAGUGCCCGACCUGGCUCCAGGAUCUGGGAGGUGGACAUUGAGGGUAACGUGCUUAACACCCAUCAGUUCAAACAGCUCCUUGCUGCACCACCUGUGAAGAUUCUAAAACCAGAACUGUCUCUUCCUGAAGAUAACAGUGUAUCUACCACCCAGUCAGUCAGUUUUACCAGGCUUCAGGUGCUCAAUCCCAACUUCAUUCUCACAUGGACAAUGUCCAGCCUGUAUGUCCUUGACCCUGUGAAUGUUAAGGUUGUUCUCUGGUGCAAGGAUUUGUCAGGUAUCCUGGACAUCUGCUGUGUGCGUCAAGAACUUUACAUAUUUUUAGACAGCAUGGAGAUCCAUUGUUUGUCAUUUCUUCCAGUAACAGGUGUACUGCCUCUUUAUUUAAAGGCUAGCAAUCCACUGGCAGCUGCACAGCUUUGUUUGAAGCAUCGAUCAAUCUUUUCACACAAAAAAGUCCAGAAACGAUUUUGUUCUGCAGAUCUUAUGAGAAUUUAUAAUAAACUGCUGGAAAAUAGCCUUGUUGAAAUGGCAGAGGAAAUUCAUGAGCUGAUGCGAGAAGUUAAUGAAAAGAUUGCAGUAGAGCUUGAUUCGGAAAGUUCCGAAGCAAUUGUGAAAACUAACAUGUCUGGCAAUGUAAUGAGCGCAAAACAACUGAGUUAUAAAAGUAGCUCAGAAAAUGAUUCAUUGAGUGUGAAAUCAGGUGAUUUGGAGGAAGUAGAGGCUAAAGUGACUACUGAAAAAGACCAGAAUAUAGAUAGAGCUUCAGAAGAGACUGAUAACUAUGCAAAUGGUUUAAUGAAAAGUCAAGUUUAUGCAAGUACUGAAAAUGACAGUGGCAUGGGUAAAUAUGAGGACCAAAUUGAUGGGACUACAACAGUGCCACAAGGGUUGUUGAAUCCAAAAAAAGAUGUUAUAGAAAAUCAGUCAAAUGAAAGGAGCAAUACAAGUAUUAACAAAGCCAAAACUGAUAUUCAAGUGAAUGUCAGCAACGGCAAACUUUAUCAAGAUGAUGACGUUGAAAAUAUUGAAAAUGUGGUAAGGCAUACAUUUUCCAACAGAGAAAAUAUAAUACCAAGUUACAGUGAACAUUGGCAAAAAAGCAAUACAAAUGAUUUUGUUUAUGAUGUGGACAAUUCUAUUGAAUUUUCUCCUUCUAAUACUGAGAAAAACCUUCAGAGGGUUAUAAAUGAUGUAAUACUUGUUUCUCAAAAAGAUAUUGAAGAAACCGAAGAACAAAAGCAGGACACAACAAACCGAGAAUUAAACCAUAUUUUCAGUACAAAAUUGGAGACUGCUGUACCAGAACUUUUGUUAGAAGAACAUUGGUCAAUGCAUGCUCAGUCCACAGCAGAUUUAUCAAAUAAGUCAGAAAUGGCUUCUAAAGAGCAUGAUAACAUUGGUUUCUUGCCUAAGAAGCACAUGAUUGGAAGAAGGUCAUCCCUAACCAGCCUAUCGAGCAUGUCCAGUGCAGAUGUGACCUUUGACAUGCCUCAUGAUUUUGAAGAUAGCACAGGGACAGAGCUAAUCGCCAUUCCAGUGAUCAGAAAGAAGAUCAAGAAGAAAAAGAAGAGGUCUUCAUCUGGCAACAUGGCAAGGGAUUUAAAGGCAAAGACAAAAAGGUCACUGAGUCUUGGGCAAAUCCAGAUAAGUGAAAAAGAGUUUAGCAUCUCCCCCAGUGGCUCGUUUGCUGAGGUGAUGGAGGAGGAGGAUAGUAUUUCCUUGUAUUCUAAUGACUCUGUUUCCAUGGAUACCCCCACGAGGUCACCUGGUCAUACUAGAGAUGCCAAAGACACCCCAGAUAACCUAAGUGUGGAUUUUAAUGUGGACAGUGUAAGUGGUGGUUCUCCCUCUACUCAAAGUGCUGAUUUUACGCUAAGUGAAGAAUUUGGUAGAAGUGAAGAGUUCCAGUUGAGUGGAGAUGCACCUUUAGGGGAGAGUAUUGAAAGGGAGUCAACUCCUGCAACAUCCUUGGGAAAAGGCACUUUAAAACAGUUCAAAGACAAAGUGCAAUACAAAGUCACAACAAAAACGAAAACAUUGAUCAAAAACAUCAAAGACAAAAAUUUGCUCACCAAAGUCAAAGAUUUUGCUGGAAAUCUAUCCCAGGGAUCAGAGAACUUCCGUGCAUCAGUUGAUGGAGUUUUCAUGGAUUUUCCUCGUGUGAGUCCAGUUCAAGUACCAGUUGAACCUAGCGGCAAUGGAACUAGAGACAGUAAUUCUGAAAGCAGUUUGAAGACAGGGGAGGACAAUUCAAAAGGAGGACGUUUGACUAUUCUUAAACAUAUAGUUGAUAUUAGCCUACUAAAAUCCAAAACUGCUCAAGUAAACAGAACAUUAGAAGAUAUUGAAACAUUAACAAACCCUGAAUUAAUGAAGAAAGAACUGCUGUCUUGGGUUAAUGUUUUAAAUGCAACAUUUUGUGAAAUGCAUUUGAAGAAAUAUGGUAGUUUAAAUUAUUCAAAAGGAUUCAGAAAUGAAGUGUCAAUAGAAAAAUUGGGGGGUUCAAACAUCUCUCAAAGUGAAUAUAAAAAAGAUGUUGAUGCUAUUGAAAGUAAUUGUGAUAAUUCAGUUAAUGAUUUGAAAAAGGACGAAAAAGUGGCAUCUGUUGAACAAAACCAAAAAAUUUAUGAAACAAAUCAUAUUGUUUCAAGAGAAACUAGUUCAAAUAUUCUUAAAAUAAUAAAAAACGAGGAAUUUGCUUAUGUGAAAGAUCCUCUAACUCUCCCACACGUUUUACUCAAAGAGGUUAGUGAACUUGCUCAGGCUUGUUUUGAUCUAGGUUGCCAUGGAGAUAUUUUGGAGUAUCAGAAUAUUGAAAAGUAUGAAGAAGCAUUGUUACAGUACAGUUGUGAAGAAUGUAAUAGCAACUGUGAUUCCAGUAUGAGUGAGAGACAUAUAAACAAGUCUCAUGAUAGUGUUGAUUUGGCAGAAUCUACUAGAAGUCAUUUGGUAGAUAACAAUAAACAAACUUCUGUGAAUGAAAGUGUAUGUUUUCUUGUAAAAUCAGAGAGUAUGGAACAACAGAGUGUAGAAACAUGUGUGAAAGAAAACACAGUUUCCGAAGUUCAAAUCAAAUUUGUUGAUGAAAUAUGUGACUUACAAAGUAGCUGUCUUACAUCUGAACAUCUUCAGUUUAAUGAAAAAUCAGAUGUGAUGGAAUCUUAUACUGCAUUAGCUAAAGAAUCGGAUAAUUCUGUUGAAGAAACAAGUAAGAAAUUAAAUGGGAUUGAAAACGUAACACUCUUGGGUAAUAAUAUGCAAUCCAUGGGCAAUGCUUUAGAAAAGAAGAAAACCAAAGAUGAGGAAAAGGCCUUCAUUGUGGUGGAUAGGGAAUCAGAGAACAAAGCUGAUUUAGCAUCAGCCUUCUUUGUGCGAUGUUACUUUCCGUACCUCAGUUGCCAUAGAGUGAGAUCGGAGGUUCUAAGUGGCAAUGUUGCCUUUCACACCUGGUCUGCUCUGGUCACAUGCAUGGAAGUGCUCUCCCAGUACGACAGUGAGAAGUAUGGGAUUGAGCAACGUUCUAUCAUUGGCCAUCUACUGGAGACACAGGCACACAAAGAUGGCGGUGCUCUGUUGCUUGGACACCUUUCAAGGCUGUUCCAGAAGCAAAGCACAUCUGCUGUUGAUCUGUGUGUGAGAUGUCACCCUCACGUGCUACCACUGGACGUCCUGUACAUGUGCAGGAAGUAUGAUGUUGCCAUGGAAACCAUCUUCAAACAGUACAUGAAUUGGAUGUGCCAGGAAGCUACCUCCAGCAUCAAAAGCCUGGUGCUGGCUGGAUUAGGAAGGCAUCCACAGGUGCUGAUUGCAUGGCUGGAAAUCUUGCUAGCAGACAGCGUGCAAGGGACCAGAGACAGCGACGGUAAGCCUGUCCCUAUGGGCAACAAAGUUAUAUGGAGAAAUGAAGAUCUAUUGGGAAAAGUCACAAAGACUAUUUCUGGAAAAGAUUUGACUGCACACGUUAUUGAAAUAUUCAGGAAGUGUGGGUAUUGGACAGGUGUGUUGAGACUUCUUAAGUCCACCAAUCAGAAGCAGGAGCAUUUCAAGUUGAUUGUACAGCUAAGAGAUAUUCAGUUGCUUCAAGCACACAUGGAUCAAGGUUGUGUACCAGAUUCAUUGGCAGAAUGGAAAGAGCUUUUAGAAAUAUACAAGUCUUUAGAAGUGAAGACAAAUCGGGACCAGUCAAAACUGGAAGUUCAAUCUGAUUUGAUGACAUUUGAAAAACUGGCAUUUCUAUUGGUCCGAUAUUUGGGACCUGAUGUUGCCGUUUUACUUCUUGAUGAAAUUGGGGUACAAGAGGGGGAACUUACCAAUUUAUUUUACAGAAGUUGCCUGUUAUCAGGAACAGUACAGAGGCAUCAUAGACUGAUCCUGCACUCAAUGCUGGAGAAGGUGGACAGCUACCUCUGGUCGCAGCGACCCACCGCUCUUCUACCACAGGUUCACUACCUGGCUAUGCAAGAAAAAGACCAGAGGACGUCUAUGUCUGGAAGCAAGGAAGCGGACCUUGUGAGUGUGCUGAGCAGUCAGCUGAGGAAUCAUUCCCCACCCAUCUCCUCAAUAGAGGACCCUGAGAUCCACUGGGGAUUGGAAACCAGAACAACGCUACUGUGCCCCUGUUGUAACAUCAGUUUGAAGGAACCAGUCUCCCAAGACGAGCCGGGACUUUUGAUAUUUAAAUGCGGUCAUGGGUUCCACAAGCACUGUUUGCCUGGGAGAAGAUGCCUUGUUUGUCAGUGAAGGAUAUUACAAAACACUCCAUAGAAAUACAUUAACCAGACACUGUUCUUUAUGCAUCAAUUUCUUUUAAAUCAGUUGUUACUUAAUAGCUGUAUUUGAUGGUAAGAGCAAGGGACUGACCUCCAAAAAUCAGGACUUAUUGUUUGGAGGAAAUAUCAUGAAAAUACAUGAUAAUGUAAAACAUUUACUAGAGAUUGCCUGAAGUAGAUUUACAAGCUGGAAGCGAUGAGUAAUAUAAACUCUGUUCAGGUCAGUAUAUCAAGGCUGUAUGAGCACUGCACCUAGUUAUUUGCGAAAUAAUAAUUUGUUCAGCCCACUUAUACAUAUACUUCAACACCGUUAUUUCGAACACCGAUAAUCCGAAGUCACCGUUAUUUCGAAGUAUUUUUCGGGUCCCGAUUGUGGUUCUUCUUUGUUCAAUGUAAAAUUUCAUUGUUAAUCCGAACUUCGUUAAACCGAAGAAAUCGUAAAUUCGAAGUGAUUUUGUCGGUCCCAACACUAUAAUUCGCACCUUAUUAUCAAUCUUUAAUCCGAAGUCAAAACUGCAAAACACUGAGCGUAAUUUCACACUUAUGUCGUCUGCGCGUUGUGCGUCAAAGCCGAUAAUAACACCUUUGUCGCCUGCGCGUAGCAUGUUAAUUUUAUAAUGUCGUCAAAAGCCGACGAUGAGGCCGACAACACAUGAAUGAACAUGAUAUCUAAUCAACGUGUGACCACAUGCAUCAACGACGUAAGGCAGUUCUGCGAGAAAAACACGGGCGGAAGCCAGUUCUUCAAUUUCCUUGACAAAUUGGAGAAAUAUGUUACACGCGUCCAGUUUAGUGCUGCUUACGCAGGUGUUCAAAAAGACAUUUCGUCUUAUUUAAAAAAAAAAAAAUUUCAUUUCCGAAAAUGUAUUCAUAUGUAUUUACAUUUUACAUGUAUGAUGCGCUAUGCAUUAUAUUUUAUAUGUUCUGUAAUUAGAGAAAAAUAAAAAGAAGAAAAAGAAUCGUUUUAUUCCUCCGUUUGUUACAAGUAGAAAUCUAUUGCUAUCUGACUAGUUUACGUUUUUUAGUAAAACAAUUAUUAAAGGUACAGUGUGACCGAACCAUGCGAAUUCCACAAUGUUGUAUUUUUUCAGGAUCAAAGAAGUCGUCUGUCAAAUGUUUAUUUCGAAUAAUCGUUAAUCUGAAGUUUUUUUAACGGUCCCGACGACUUCGAAAUAACGGUGUUGAAGUGUAGCUCAAUCCCUUACUAUGAAACUCUUUGUUUAUUGGACAUAUUGGCAGUCAGCAGUUAAGUGGUAUUUGAUUGGCUGAUCAGUAGGCAAUGGUCUCCACAUUAACUAUUAUUUGUAGAUAUCAGUUGUUGCCAUGUGAUGUUUUUAUGCCCCUGGCAGGGUGGCAUAUAGCAGUUGCACUGUCCGUCCAUCCAUUCGUUUUCCGAAGGUUUUUUAUGCAAGGCUUUAAGGUAAGAAGCUGAAUUUUGAUAUGUGAGUUUGCCUAUGAGACCAACAGAUGAAGUGGGAAAUUCGUUUCAUUCAAUUAAGAGGUUUUUUUCAGGUUUUGAUAGAUCUAAAUUUUUGCCAAGGGAAGAAGUAAGCUUUAAAGGGAGAUAAUUUAUAUUUUUCAUUUGGCAGGUACAGUGUCUAUUUUCAACAACUGAAGUAAUAGUUUUUAAAGAGAUAUAAUCCAAGGGAGUCUUCUAUUUAUAUACAAGAGGGCCUGAAAAGCCCAAAGUCGCUCACCUGAGAUAACAAGAUAUUAUUGGGACAAAUCUUCUGACCAAGUUUCACGAAGAUUGGAAAAUAAAUGUGGCCUCUAGAGUGUUAACAAGGUUUUACUAUAGCCAUAUAAGGAAAAAUGCCCCACCCCCUGGCAGCCAUGUUUUUCAACAAACCGGCAUCAUUUUUUAACUCAUCCAAGAUAUUAUCGGGAUGAAUCUUCUGACCGAGUUUCAUGAAGAUCGAACAGUAAAUGUGGCCUCUAGAGUGUUAACAAGAUUUUACUAUAGCCAUAUAAGGAAAAUUGCCCCGCCCCUUGGAAGCCAUGUUUUUCAAGCAAACAUAAUUAUUUUCAAACUCAUCCAAGAUAUCAUUGAGACUAAUCUUCUGACCAAAUUUCAUGAAGAUUAGACAAUAAAUGUGGCCUCUAGAGUGUUAACAAGGUUUUACUAUAGCCAUAUAUAGCCAUAUAAGGAAAAAUGCCCCGCCCCUGGUGACCAUGUUUUUAAAGCAACCAAACCAUUUUCGAACUCAUCCAAGAUAUCAGUGGGACAAAUCUUCUGACCAAGUUAAAUGAUGAUCGGAAAAUAAAUGUGACCUCUAGAGUGUUAACAAGGUUUUACUAUAGCCAUAUAAGGAAAAUAGCCCUGCCCCUGUGGUGGCCAUGUUUUUCAACCAACCGGCAUCAUUUUUAAACUCGUCCAAGAUAUUAUUGGGAUGAAUCUUCUGAACGAGUUUCAUGAAGAUCAGACUAUAAAUGUGGCCUCUAGAGUGUUAACAAGAUUUUACUAUAGCCUUCUAUAGCCAUAUAAGGAAAAAUGCCCCGCCCCUUGGCGGCCAUGUUAUUCAAGCAAACGUAACCAUUUUCAAAGUCAUCCAAGAUAUCAUUAAGACAAAUCUUCUGACCAUAUUUCAUCAAGAUUGGACAAUCAAUGUGGCCUCUAGAGUGUUAACAAGGUUUUACUA